AUGGCCGUCCUAGCCGCCGGCGCUUUGCUGCCGCUGCUGGCCGCGGGCCUGUUGGUGGCGCUGCUGGCGCUGGCCUACAAGCAGUUGAGCGGCUACCUGAGAAAAUGGGCCAUGAUGCAGCCCAUCCCGGCCGUCUGCCGCACCUACCCCUUUGUCGGAAACGCGCUGGAGUUGAAGACCGACGCUAUAGAAUUCUUCAAGCAAAUUCAGGGUUACACCGAUGUAUUCCGUGACGCGCCGCUGGUCAAACUCUGGCUGGGUACCGUGCCCUUCGUCAUUCUCUAUCACGCCGAGACUGUUGAGCCUAUCGUGAGCAACCCGGCCCACAUGGACAAAUCCGAUGUCUACAGCUUCCUCCAUCCGUGGCUCGGAACCGGUCUGCUCACAAGCACGGGCGCAAAGUGGCGGGAGCGGCGCAAGAUGCUGACCCCGACCUUCCACUUCAGCAUCUUGCAAGACUUCCUGGAAGUGAUGAACGAGCAGGCCCAGGUCCUGGUGGACAAGUUGGCCUCGCGGGCAGGCGCCGGCCCCUUUAACUGCUUCAAUUGCGUCACGCUCUGUGCCUUGGACAUCAUCUGCGAAACGGCCAUGGGAAAGAAAGUCUACGCUCAAAGCAAUUCCGAGUCCGAGUACGUCCAGAGCGUCUACAAGAUGAGCGAUAUCAUCAGUCGCAGACAGAGGGCGCCGUGGUUCUGGCCCGACUUGACGUAUAAAUACUUUGGCGAGGGCAAGUUGCACGACAGCACGCUCAAAACGCUGCAUUCCUUUACUUUGGAGGUGAUCCGCGAGCGGGCGCAGAGUCUGAAGCCGGAGGACGAGUCGGGGGGCCGGAAGAGGCGAGCGUUCCUCGACAUGCUGCUCCAAACCAAAGACCAGGACGGAAACGCUAUGAGCCAUCAGGACAUUCAGGAGGAAGUGGACACCUUCAUGUUCAGGGGCCACGAUACCACGGCGGCCUCCAUGAACUGGGCGCUUCACCUGCUGGGCUCUCAUCCCGACGUGUGCCGUAAAGUUCAACGCGAGCUUCAGGAAGUGUUCGGUGAGUCAGAACGCGUAGCUAGCAUGGAGGACCUCAAGCAGCUCAAGUACUUGGAGUGCGUCAUCAAGGAGGCCCUGCGUAUCUUUCCCUCGGUCCCUUUCUUCGCACGUAGCAUCCGCCAAGACACCAAAAUCAACGGUUUCACAAUACCCAGCGGCACCAACGCCGUAGUCCUCCCCUUCGCUCUCCACCGAGAUCCUCGCUACUUCCCCGACCCCGAGGAGUUCCGACCUGAGCGCUUCCUGCCGGAAAAUUCCACCGGAAGGCCGCCGUACGCAUACAUCCCCUUCUCCGCCGGCCUCCGCAACUGUAUAGGUCAGCGCUUCGCCAUCAUGGAGGAGAAGGUGGUGCUGUCGUCCAUUUUGCGGAAAUUUCACGUGAAAGCCCACCAGUCGCGCGAGCAGCUGAUUCCGACGGGCGGUCUCAUCUUGCGACCCGAAAGCGGCAUCUGGAUCCAGUUGGAAAAGCGUGCCUGA